GCGGAGCGCUGCGCGGAACCGCUCCGGGAGCAGCGCGCCCGCCCCGGCCCGAGGGGGGGACACGGAGGAGGAGGAGCGGCGGGAGGAGGGAUCCUGGCGAGUUCACUUUGGUACCAAGGGGCAGGCGGGCUGCGGGGCUCGGACGGGCGAUGGAGAAGGAUGAGAUCCACCUGCGCAGGCUGCCGGCCGCCGCGCCCUGGGGACCGCACGCAGACAGCGAGUUUCAUGGGGUGGAUUUCCUGCCAGAAGAUCUCAGCGAGGCUCCAGAGGAGAUAGGAAUGAGGGUGAACAAGAAAUACUCCUGUCUGCCUGCUGAGGAGAAGGGCAUCCACAUCAUCAACAUCCGAGCCAUCGAGGACAUUGGCUAUGACCAGCACGAGAGCACAUUGUUGAACUCCCUCUCCAAGAAUCCGGAUGCUGACUGCAAGUACGGCCUCUACUUCCGAGAUGGCAAGAGGAAAGUGGAUUACAUCCUGGUGUACCACUACAAGAAAUCCUCAGGAGGGAAGGCUCUGGCCAGGAGGGCUCUGCAGAACGAUUCCAGUGUCCGAAGCAGCAAGCAGGACCAGCCUCUCCCAGGGAAGGGUGUGCAGCUGGAAAUGGGGGAAGGCGAACCCCACGUGGAUUACCACGAGGACGACAAGAGGUUCCGCAGGGAGGAGUACGAAGGGAACCUUGUGGAGGCCGGGCUGGAGCUGGAGAGGGAUGAAGAUACCAAAAUCCACGGGAUUGGAUUUGUAAAAAUACAUGCACCUUGGAAUGUUUUGUGUCGAGAGGCAGAAUUCCUUAAGCUCAAGAUGCCCACAAAAAAGAUGUAUCAGAUCAACCAGACCCAUGGUCUCCUGAAAAAGAUUAAUUCUGUAAUUCAAAAAAUAACGGAGCCCAUCCAGCCAAAAGUCGCAGAACACAAACCCCAGACAGUGAAACGCCUGUCCUACCCCUUCUCCAGGGAGAAGCAGCACCUAUUUGAUUUGUCUGACAAAGAUUCCUUCUUCGACAGUAAAACGAGAAGCACCAUAGUUUAUGAAAUACUGAAAAGAACGACGUGUACCAAAGCAAAAUAUAGCAUGGGGAAAGGAGAGGGAAGAAAGAAGGAAACUGCCCUUUUAAAUAAAAGACGAAAAUGUGGUAAAUAUGGGAUCACCAGCCUGCUUGCCAAUGGAGUUUACAGCGCUGCAUAUCCUCUGCAUGACGGUGACUAUGAAGGUGAAAAUGUGGAGCCCAAUGACAGAAAACUCCUGUGUGAGGAGUGGGCRAGCUAUGGAGUGUUUUACAAGUACCAGCCCAUCGACCUGGUGAGAAAAUAUUUUGGAGAGAAGAUCGGGCUGUAUUUUGCCUGGCUGGGAGUUUAUACACAAAUGCUCAUUCCAGCUUCAAUCGUAGGGAUAAUCGUUUUCCUCUAUGGCUGUGCAACUGUGGAUGAGAAUAUACCCAGCAUGGAGAUGUGUGACCAGAGGAACAACAUCACCAUGUGUCCCCUGUGUGACAAAACCUGCAGCUACUGGAAGAUGAGCUCUGCGUGUGCCACCGCCCGCGCCAGCCAUCUGUUCGAUAACCCUGCCACCGUCUUCUUCUCAGUCUUCAUGGCUCUCUGGGCUGCCACCUUUAUGGAGCACUGGAAGAGAAAACAGAUGCGCCUCAACUACAGGUGGGACCUGACUGGGUUUGAAGAGGAGGAGGAGGCAGUCAAGGAUCAUCCAAGAGCAGAAUAUGAAGCGAAGGUUUUAGAAAAAUCACUGAGAAAAGAACACAAACACAAAGAGAAGCACCGAUAUUUUCCAGAAGAGACAGCAAACAAAUGGAGACAAAGAGUUAAGACAGUCAUGGCUGGGGUGAAAUUGACAGAUAAAGAGAAGCUGACAUGGAAGGACCGUUUUCCAGCCUAUUUAACCAAUUUUGUUGGCAUCAUCUUCAUGGUUGGGCUGACGUUCGCCAUCGUGUUUGGGGUGAUCAUCUACAGGAUCUCCACGGCUGCAGCCCUGGCCAUCAGCUCCACGCCCUCAGGGCGCUCCAGCGUCCGCGUCACCGUCACCGCCACCGCCGUCAUCAUCAACCUGGUGGUGAUCAUCAUCCUGGACGAGGUGUACGGCUGCAUCGCCCGCUGGCUCACGCAGAUCGAGGUGCCAAAGACCGACAAGAACUUCGAGGAGAGGCUGAUUUUCAAGGCUUUCCUGCUGAAAUUUGUCAAUGCCUACACCCCCAUUUUCUACGUGGCUUUCUUCAAAGGCCGAUUUGUUGGACGUCCAGGAGACUACGUCUACAUUUUCCAUUCCUUCCGAAUGGAGGAGUGUGCUCCAGGAGGGUGCCUGAUGGAGUUGUGUAUCCAGCUCAGUAUUAUCAUGUUGGGCAAGCAGCUGAUCCAGAACAAUUUGUUUGAGAUUGGCAUCCCGAAAAUGAAGAAGUUUAUCCGAUACUUGAAAUUGAAGCGUCAGCGUUCUCUAGACCAUGAAGAGCACAUGAAGAAAAAGCAGCGUUAUGAAGUGGACUAUAACCURGAGCCCUUUGCUGGACUCACCCCUGAGUACAUGGAAAUGAUUAUCCAGUUUGGGUUUGUAACUUUGUUCGUCGCCUCCUUCCCGCUGGCACCUUUGUUUGCUUUAUUGAACAACAUCAUUGAAAUCCGUCUGGAUGCCAAAAAAUUUGUUACUGAGCUGAGGAGACCGGUAGCAGUGAGAGCAAAGGAUAUAGGAAUCUGGUAUAAUAUCCUCAGAGGUAUUGGAAAGCUCGCUGUCAUCAUAAACGCAUUUGUGAUCUCAUUCACAUCCGACUUCAUUCCACGCCUCGUGUACCUGUACAUGUACAGUGAGAAUGGCACCAUGCAUGGCUUCGUCAACCAUACACUAUCCUCUUUUAAUGUCAGCGAUUUCCAAGCAGGAACAGCUCCAAACGACCCCCUGGAUCUGGGCUACGAGGUUCAGAUAUGCAGGUACAAAGAUUAUAGAGAACCCCCCUGGUCUGAAAACAAAUAUGACAUUUCAAAGGAUUUCUGGGCUGUCCUAGCAGCAAGAUUGGCAUUUGUGAUUGUUUUCCAGAACCUGGUCAUGUUUAUGAGUGAAUUUGUCGACUGGAUUAUCCCAGACAUUCCCAAGGACAUUAGCCAGCAGAUUCACAAGGAGAAGGUUCUCAUGGUGGAGGUCUUCAUGAGGGAAGAGCAGGGGAAGCUGCAAAUGCUGGAAACCUGGAAAGACAAGGACAAGAAAAAAGGGGAGAACUGCAACAACCACAGCCCCAGGCUCUCCAGGAGCCGCAGUGGGAGCUUGUCCUCCUGCCAUUCCUAUCCUCUGGACGUUUAGAAGAGGAGGGAGCCGAGUCUGUCGGGGCAUUCCAGAGACAAAGCUGCGGCGCCGGGGGCAGGACUCCGCUGAYGGACACCCCGGUGCAUGCUGAGGGAUGUGCUGCCAUUUCGCUCUCACCUGGCUGGGAAAUGCCCUUCUUGCAAACAUGGAGGACCACGUUCUAUUUCUGACUAUGUUGGGUUUUUCUUUUCUUUUGCACAAGCAGUAAUGCAGGGAGUUUUUAUAUUUCUUCCAUAGGUAACACUAUCGACGUCGGUGUGCAUUCAGAAAUGCAGGUACUUGGGACGUCUUGCUAGAGGUAUUCUCUGAGAAUUUGAUCUUAGCCUGUUAAUUAGCUAAUGAAAUAAAGGUAAAUUUGAAGUCAUGAUAAUAAAAAUAAUAAUGCUAACUCRAACUGUUUUCGGAAGCCCAGGCUGSAAGGUCCAUGGGGUGACUCGAUCAAGGAUAUGCAAAAUCAGCCCAAGUGUUCCAUAAGGCCARCCAGACUGCCUUGGCUGCCGAGGCUGGGUUUAGCUCUGUGGAUCUGAGCUUUGGGGUCACAGGGGCGUGGGGGCCACCUGUGGCAGCUGCAGUGUCCCCCAGAGCCUGGAGGGGACCUGGGGCACCCUUUUCUGGCAGCAGCAGCAGCAGCACAGCUGAGAGGUGCUGGCAGCGGUCCCUGGGUUCAGUUCUGUUCACACCCACAGUCUGUGAGCACACCAAGAGCUCCGGGGGCUCUCCCUGCCCUGCCAGGAUUUCCCCAUCACCCUCUGGAGCAGGAGGAGGGAGCCUCCUGUGCUCCUGCAGACUUUCUGCUGUUGGCUGCCAUUUGCCAGAGGCAGAAAUCCCAAACAUGUCCCACUGUCUCCAGUGGAAGCUUUGCCUGCACWGGGGCUACAGGACCAGACCUUCAGUUAGUUACGGGACUUUUCUUUUGUCUUAAAAUCCUCUCUCUUUUGUACAAGGAGCUUUUCCUUAAAGUAUAAGUCUGAAAUCCUUACUUACCACCACUAGUUAAAUCCCAUCAGUACAGCUCUUUUUAAGCAUAAUGCAUUUUAGUUUUGCUUUGUYGACCGAUAAACUGCACUUCCAAAUAAUAUUGGUGCAAUUAGCCUAAUUUCUUUUAUUGCKUUGUCUUGUCCGUGGCACUUGCAUUAUAAAAUCAAAAAAGAAAAUAAAAAUGAAAGAUUUCUUUAAAGUCUAACUACUGUAUGGUUUGUUACAAAACCAAACUGUUUUCAAGAGAAKUUAGUUAUUUCUUUUUUUCUUUCUUUUUUCUUUGCCAAACUAAUUUAAAGAUUAAUGCUAGAACUCUAAAAAAUGCCAUAUAUAGCUUUUGAUAUAUUUAUUUGUUUUAAAGUAUGUGAUAAACUUGAUAUUUUUCUGUAGUCUGUCCAAAGAAGGUACCAGAAGAGAAAUUAUGUAGAAGAAAGAAAAUUGUAUGAACCAAAUAUUCAUGAGGCUUAUUUAAAAUAUUGAUCCAACCAAAGAUUUUUAUUAAUAAAGGGCUUAUAUUUUGUUAACUCUUGUUUCUGUUGUAUUUUGACUUGCAGGAAUGUCACUAUUUUUGAAAUUUGUAAUUUACGAUAAGAGUGUUGCUGUAGGGCCAAAUCCUGCCCGAUUUAUUCCCACRUCAAUGUUACGCCUGGUAGUAAAUAAAUGUUUACCAGAUCAGGCCCACUGACUGCAAUAGGACUGGGAGUGGGGAUAAAUKAAGCAGAAUUCUGUCCACACAUUUUGUUGGAAACCUGUUCUUCCUCUCAUUCCUUGGUAAUUCAAAAGAUCCAGGAGAAAGCCAAACGUGAACUACCUAUUCUGAAGAGAAACCUUAGGGAUUGUCCUCAAAGGGGAUUUAAUCUGUAAAUACUCACCUGAAAGUGUUCCCAGCUUAAUACUGACAUUCCUGUAAAUGGUAGAACCRUAUCCUGAACACGUACUUAUCUGAAUUUUUCAUUAUUUGCUGAAAUCAUGGAAUAGUAACGUUGCUUAUACUUUCUUUUGUACAGUAAAUUGUUUUAAAUGGAAUUUUGUAUAUAAAAAUCUGUAUUACUGCUUAGAUAUCUAUAAAAUUCUUUCAUGGAAUCAUUUUUUUAAGAAAAGCAAAUAUAUACUAAAUCUGUUUUAU